ACCUGAGCCUCAUUCAUACAGCACGUUAGCACCGAGACACAGCAACAGUAACGCAAUGGCUUCCAUGGGGCUUCAAGUGUUGGGCAUCGCCCUGUCGGUUAUCGGCUGGCUGGGAUCGCUAGUCUGCUGCGUUCUUCCCAUGUGGAGGGUCAGUGCCUUUAUUGGCAACAACAUCGUGGUGGCGCAGAUCAUCUGGGAGGGAUUGUGGAUGAACUGCGUGGUGCAGAGCACGGGGCAAAUGCAGUGCAAAGUAUACGACUCUUUGCUGGCCCUUCCCCAGGAUCUACAGGCAGCCCGAGCCCUGACUGUCAUCUCUGUCCUUGUGGCCCUGCUGGGGCUUAUGAUGUCCAUUAUCGGGGGCAAGUGCACGAACUGCGUGGAGGAUGAAUCUUCCAAAGCCAAAGUCAUGAUCGUGUCUGGCAUCGUGUUCAUUGUGGCUGGUGUGCUCACCCUCAUCCCAGUGUCCUGGUCUGCCAACAACAUCAUCCGAGACUUCUACAACCCACUGGUGGUGGAGGCGCAGAAGAGAGAAUUAGGUGCAGCGUUAUACAUCGGCUGGGCGGCCGCCGGGCUCCUGCUGCUUGGAGGCGCAAUGCUGUGCUGCAACUGCCCACCAAGGGAUCAGAAACCCUACUCUGCCAAGUACACCCCAGCUCGCUCCGGUGCAACCAGCAACUACGUCUGAGCGGCCGUCCGCAUGGGACCAACUGACUUUAUACGCGGCCUUGAACAUAUUUUUAACAUAUGCAUUUUGCCAUCUGCCGCAAAGGCUCGUCACAAACCAAUACUGACUUUUGUAUGGACACAUUGAAGGACAUUUCAUCACUUUCUGCUUGUUCUUUCCCAGAUGUUUUACCCCACCAUGGAGAAAGGGGCACGUGUAGCCUUAACUGACAGUGAGCAGAGUUCCCCUUCUAACUACCAGUGAGCAGAGUUUCCCUCCUAACUGAGAGUGAGCAGAGAUUUGCUGGGGGCUAAAAGGGAACUUCAUGUAAAACAACUGAUCUACUGGGAGGGGUUGCAUAACUUAAAUUUUUGGGUUGGAGCCCAUUCACUGGUCAUUAUCUAGCUAUGCUUGGGUCUCACAAUUGGCGGUUCAGUACACACGAUAGGCUGCUAUUUGCUUUUCUGGCCAGAUUACAGGUUUCCCAUGCUGCAGCUCUGAAUAUGUACUGAUCCAAAUACAGAUUGCCUAAUUGAAACAUCUGCCAUUGAACUGCAGGUGUCUUUACCAUUAAACUGGUGCGUAUGUCAGAUGCAGUCAGUAGCUCAUUUUGGGCACUGGCAGGUUCAUUUUUAAAAGUAUUCUGUACAUCUGUCUAAAAUGGAAUACCCUUAGAUUGUAGAGUUAGGAGACCUGCUAGGGGUAUUCAGGUCAAACUCAGGGAAAACGCUACUCUAAAGGAAUGGUUCCCACACUGUUGGGCUGGCCCAACCUAGAGAGGGAGAAUGGAGACCAGAUAGGGUGAUAUUUGGGGAGAAUACUUAUUUAUUCCCCUAUUCAGGUGCUUUUGAGGUAAAAACAUAUAUGCUAUCCUAGAAAUUCUAUGGCUGAUAUACCAGCAUUUUCCUAUAUCUGCUUUUUUUUUUCCUAUGACUAAGGGAGGGCCCUGCAUAAAUAUUGGACACCCAAGGUUUAAAUAACUUUUCUAAAAUGACCAAAGAUUGGGCUGGUGGGGAUUUAUUUUUUUUAAACUUGUGCUCUAAACUGUUUUUAUCUUUGCUUUCGUUAACUGGGAAGCCAUGGAAAUGUCAGUGCCAAUAGUAUGAAUUUGGAACAUACCCCCAGUUAAUUAACCACCUUGCACUAUAACUGCAUUGCGGAGCCUGCACUAGGGAAAUUCCUAUGUUUGAGCAAGUAUUCUGUAUAAUUCUGUAAAUCUUUCAGUUUGUGUGUUCCCUCAUUUUCCUCCCAGGUCAUUGUCUAAACAAUAAACCUGCUGAGCAGCAUUUGUGCAACUGAACACACCUGUACCUACCCUUUUAUUUAGAUAAUUGCACCAUUUAACCCUCAGGGUGUGUCAGGACUCCAAAGAAAAAGACUCACCCAUCACCAUUGUAAAGCCUUCCCUUUGCUUAUUCUCUUAGCAAUAAUUUGUCCUUAUUUUCUUUAUGGCAAGGGCACAGGAAACCAACUGAAUUGUAUUGCUUAGUAUGAUCUUAUGUUUUACCAGAAGAGCCAAGUAUGUCUAUUUUAUUUUAAACCGCUUAUAUUUUUGUAUGUAUUUGUCAUGAUUAAUGGUAUUCUAAAUAACCUGUUUUCUAAAAUAAAUAUGAAACAGAUGA